GUAUCCAACUCCUCCAGCGCACGUUGUGCACUCUAUGAACAAAGAUUGCAUGUCGAAUCUGUCAGAACAGGCGCAGGAGCAAGAGAAACUAGACAAUCUGUGUGACUUCAAUCGGUUCAUCACCCCCCAUUUCUGCUUCCAACCAAAGACAACGUCACAGACAAGCAAAGAGUUGGUAUGCAUGAGAGUACCCGUAAUGGGCUUCUACACGGACACAAGAAAAUGCAUCGGAUGAAGUCAUCUUCUCCACGCUCGCCAUCCAAAUAUCUCCGACUCCCCGCUCUUUUGACACGUGUGGUAGUUUCACAAUGCGAUCCCCAUGCCCCCAUAAGAAGACAGGAUAGCAUAUGGAGCAUGUUCAUAGCAAGAGGAUCUUAUGGAAAAUAUCCCCGAGAUCGACGUGCUUGUUUCUGCAACAAGGAAAAGCCACUGCCUCAGGACGAAGGAGUCACAGUGAGGCAAGAGAAGGCAUUGGAUUGGCUGGGGACGCACGCUCCCCACGGGGCGAAGAUACGCGACGAGCUCUAAAACCAAGGGUGUCACAAGAGCAAACACCAAAUCCAGGCUCAAGAUCGACGUUAUCACACCCAUAAACGAGGCUGCGGGAUGAGCAAGUCUACACGAAACGAAAGAGAACCCAUGUGGAUUCUGAUACAUAAAACGCUUACUGGGGCGAAAAGUACCAAGCUUUUCAGGGCCUUACGUCUUGACUGUUCUUAACCCGUCUUGCCCUCACUUGUCUACAAAGCUAUUCAUGCUUCUUCUUUCCACUUCGCUCGCUCCCAAAACAAUAUGGGUACCCACUGU